AUGCCCAGUAACAUUCAGCCAGAGCGGGUUUGCUUCUCUCUCAUAGGUGAAUGGACAUCGUGGUUCAACGUGGACCAUCCUGGGGGUGAAGGGGAUUUUGAGACCCUAGAAGCCAUUCGCUUCUACUACCGGGAGCGGGUGUGCUCCCAGCCAAAGGCGAUCCAAGCCCGGACCACAGAAUGGGAGCUACCUGAGGAGGUGGGCGAAGUGGUGCGUUACAACCCCCAGGAAGGCUUCCGCUGCCUCAACCAGGAUCAACCAGGGGGCAAAACCUGCUCCAAUUAUCAUGUCCGUUUCCUAUGUCCAGCAGAUCCCAAGGAUUGGUUCAGCUGGUCAGACUGGUCGGCCUGGAGUUCUUGUUCACGGACUGCCUGUGGAGUGAGCGGUGUCCAGACUCGGAACCGGACUUGCUUGAAUAGCUCUAGUUCAGUCCUGCGGCAGGGGGUGAAAUGUUUGGGGAAACCCACAGAACGCCGGACCUGCAGCUCCGGCCCAUGCCAAGAGACCAAGUGGAGUCCCUGGGGGCCCUGGAGUCCCUGUUCCAAGACCUGCGGCAGUGGGGGGAAACGGGUGAGGAGGCGGAGCUGCCAGAAGUCCAAGCUUUCACGCUGCGUUGGGCGUGCGUCAGAGAUGCAGAAGUGCUCCCAGACACCCUGCCCAGCUUGCCAACUCCGCUGUGAUACGGGCAUCCCCAACAAGGACUGUAGCUCCUGCAGCUGUCCUAACCACACUCUUUCGGGGACUGUACGGAGUGCCGAUGGGAUGGUCCUUGCCAACGUCCAGAUCUCUCUCGCAGACCGACCAGUGGCUGUGCUAGCACGGAGUGACCAUCGGGGCCAGUUCACCAUCCGUGGCAUCUGUGCCGGGAGCAACACCAGCAUUAGUGCCAGACUAGAACGUUUUGCCAUGGGCAGUGCCUCCAUCAUUCCUAGUGGCUCUCAGACAUCCCUGGCAAAGAUUGUGCUCCACAGACUUGCGAAGCCUUACAUGGUGAUCCAUCCCGAAUCAAAGGUGAGGAAAGUCGGGUCGAAAGUCCGGUUCUGCUGCAGAGCCCGAGGCACCCCUGAGCCAAAGAAAUAUUACUGGUAUCACAAUGGAACGCUCCUGGAUCGGAAGGUGCACAAGUACAACAGCAGCUUGGUGCUGAAGGACUUGGGGCUGCAUCAGGGUGGUACAUAUCACUGCAAAGCCAGUAGUGACCUGGGGGCUAUCAAAUCAUCCGUUGCCCACCUGACAAUCAUAGAGCCAGGAGUCCCUGCCUGCAUGGCUCAACCAAAGCAGUAUCUCAUCAGACUUCCAGACGAGUGCUUCCAAGAAGAUACAGGUUCCCACUUCUACAACGUUGGACGCUGUCCCAACGCCCUUUGUGAUGGCGGCUUGGUGGACAGUUUGCAGUGUCGAGAUGGUGUGGAGCACUGUUGUGGGACACUGCGCAUGGAGUUGCGAGAGAUUCACUGUGUCGGUUAUGUCCUGCCCAUCAAGGUGGUGGCCGAAUGUGGUUGUGCCUCCUGCACCCAGCCCAAAGUCCUGGUCCGUGGGAAAGCUUCGGCGGCUGACAACGGGGAGCCCCUGCGUUUUGGUGAGAUCUACCUAGGGGCUGAGAAGAUUGGCUUCACUGGCUACAAGGGAACCUUCACCAUUGAGGUUCCACCCAACACGCAGCGGAUGGUGGUCAAGUUUGUAGAUCGCAUGCAGAAAUUUGUAGAUGCCGUCAAGGUCUUCCCAUUCGACCAGCGUGGUGGAGCUGUCUACCAGGAUGUCAAACUUAUGAGGAGGAAAAAACCUGUCAAUCUGGAAGCGAUGGAGACCAACAUCAUUCCCCUUGGAGAGGUGGUUGGAGAGGAUCCUAUUGGGGAGAUAGUCAUCCCGCCUGCUUCUUUCUUUAGACCCAACGGGCAAGUGUACAAUGGCACUGUGAAAGCCAGCAUAACCUUUGUAGACCCCCGGGACAUCACCUCUGUGAACGCAGCCUCCAGUGACUUAAAUUUCAUCAACGCUGAAGGGGAUGUCUUCCCACUCAGGACUUAUGGCAUGUUUUCAGUUGACUUCUGGGAAGAAGAAAGCAACCAAGGGUUAGAAACGGGUCGUGUGGAGGUGAAAAUGGAUGCCGAGCUAAUCAACAUGCCAGAACAUAUCCAGAAAAUGAAGCUGUGGUCCCUCAACCCCGUGACAGGCCUGUGGGAAGAAGAAGGCUCCUUCAAGCAGGCUAAGGAGAGGAGGGGAAAGCGUGAGGAGAGGGCCUUUCUCAUUGGCAACCUGGAGAUCCGUGAACGCCGUCUCUUCAACCUUGAUGUUCCAGAAAACCGCCGCUGCUUUGUCAAAGUCCGGGCGUACAUCAAUGAGAAGUUCAUGCCCGAUGAACAGAUGGAGGGAAUAGUGGUCACUCUAAUCAACCUUGAACCCAGGCCUGGCUACCCAUCCAAUCCUCAGGCCUGGGGUAGGUUCGACAGUGUGGUGACUGGACCCAACGGAGCUUGCUUGCCUGCCUUCUGUGAUGGCCAACGAGCUGAUGCUUACACCGCCUACAUCACAGCUACCAUGGGAGGGGAGGAACUGGAGGCUGUGCCAUCUAGCCCGAAGCUCAAUCCAGCUGCUAUCGGAGUUUCCCAGCCUUACCUGAAUAAGCUUGGCUACCGGCGGACUGACCAUGAUGACCCUGCCCUCAAGAAGACAGCCUUCAAGAUUAACCUGGCCAAACCCAACCAGAACAACAUUGAUGAGACAAACGGACCCAUCUACGCCUACCGGAGUCUGAAGCAAUGUGAAGAGGCACCAGUCACAGGCAACCAUUUUCGGUUCUACAGGGUAGAAGUUGACAAAUACGAAUACAACGUGGUACCUUUCAAGGAGAGUGACUUGACCACCUGGACAGGAGAUUACCUCUCCUGGUGGCCCAACCCUCAGGAGUUCCGGGCCUGCUAUAUCAAGGUGAAGAUUAAUGGCCCUCAAGAGUACAUGGUGCGGUCACGGAAUGUAGGUGGUAGCCAUCCGAGAACUCGAGGACAGCUGUACGGCCUACGGGAUGCCCGUAGUGUCCGAGACCUUACCAUCUAUAACAGUUCAGCAGCUUGCUUAGAAUUCAAGUGCAGUGGGAUGUUGUUUGACCAAGGUUUGGUGGACAGGACUUUGGUAUCCAUCAUCCCUCAGGGAAGUUGCCGGCGUACAGCUAUUAACAGCUACCUCAGAGAAUACCUAGGCCGGCACCCUCCAUUGAUGGAAAAUAAUGACACCACAAUCUUCAACAUGUUGGCUCCAGUGGAUCCGCUGGGCCACAACUAUGGCAUCUACACAGUGACAGACCAGAAUCCACGCCUUGCCAAGGAGAUUGCCAUUGGCCGCUGCUUUGAUGGAACUUCGGACGGUUUCUCACGUGAGAUGAAGUCCACUACAGGAAUUGCCUUGAGCUUUACCUGCCACGAGAAGCCAGUAGGGCGCAAGAGCUUCUUCCAGCGGCUGCUUGAAUUUCCUGCCCAGACGCUGACUGAGAUCCGACGUGAAAUGGGAGGCAACGAACAGCUGCGGAGCCCCUCCCAAGUGGUGGCUUACCCGUCUGGGUUGCGGACUAUGUUCUCCACACAGGCCCGGCGGACCCCCAGCUCCCGAAGGACAGUGGGUGCUGCUCGGACCCGACAGUGAGCAACACCGAGAAAUGUUUGGGUCAUGGUAUCACCUCUGAUAUGGUCCACACCUCCCUAACACGGUUGGGAAGUGUCUCGACGUGGCAGGAUUUGUCCCUCCUCACAGGUCAACCCCGUAAAUCCUGCAAUACCAAAUGGCUGAAUUGUUAAUUCCUGGCAUCUUCAUAUACUGUUGCUGUCCCUUGUAGCCCCACUUCUCUCUUCCAUAACAUGCCCGAGGUUCUCCUCCCAUGUUCUUGUGGUUUCUAACCCCUCACCCAGUUCCCCUUUUUACCCAUUUGCCAUGCCAAGGUGGCAACAGGUUGUGUGUGUGUAAAGUGCUGUCAAGACACAACUGGCUGAUGGCAACUCAGUGGCAUUUUCAAGGCAAGAGACUAAUAGAAGUGGUUCACCAUUGCUUUCCUCUGCAUAGUGACCCUGAUAUUCCUUGGUUGGUCUCCCACCUAAAUACUAACCAUGGAGUUCUGAUGAGAUCCGACUUGCCUGGCCAUCCAGGCCGGGGCACUGAAAGAUUAGGCAAGAGCAAAACACGAAAUGCCAAGGAGAGAAUCAUUACUCUCAAGGUUAUGAGCCACCA